AUGCUUCGCUCACUGAGCACGUCUACUCCGCCUGCCGAGUGCUGCCUCAGCCCGGGCCUCGUGGUCUGCUGCCUCCGAGGCCGGCCGCGCUGUCUCGCGCUCUUGCUCGCGGCGGGCGCCGACCCGGAUGCGUCAGAGGCUCCUCCGUGCGUCGGCCGUGCGGGCGGCUUUGCGCCGCUGCGAUAUGCCUGCUGGGGCACGACGGCGGGGCACGUCGAGUGCGCGGAGAUGCUGCUCGCCGCAGGAGCAGCGGUCGAGGCGGCGACGGCGGUGGGGCACACCCCGCUACAGGGCGCCUGCUUCAAGGGCGCCCGCGGGAGCGCCAGCCGCUCCUUCCUCCUCUCCGACACCGCCGAGUCGGUGGCCCGCAGGCAGGGCCACGGAGAGCUCGCCGCUUGGCUGGCACAGAGCCGGCACUGGACCACGCCGCUCCACCACCUCGACAGCCUCUCCCUCGCCCGCACGCGGCAGCGGAACGGACCGAGCACAGGGGCGGCGCCGAUUCGCUCGAGCGCGGCGGCGGCGCUGGUGGUCGCCGCCGCAGAGCCGUGGAGCCCCGCCUCGCACGGCUUGUGGCCCGAGCGGCUGCAGCGGCUCGCCGUCGAGCUGCUCACGCUCGGCUACUUGCUGGCGAGGGAGGCAGCAGGUCUCUUCACACUUGGUUGUGGGGCGGGUAGGCAGCCGCGCGCCCUCUCCGACGUGUGGCUGGAGUACGUCCUUCCGCUGGCGGUCUGUCGCGACGAGGCGGAGGCAAGGGCCUAG